CGACGGACAACGUCAUUUCCUUUUUCUUCAUGCUAGUAGCAAGUAUAGCGAAAACGUCGAGCAAUAUUACCGAAAAACAUCCUUGUGUAAGAACAGUGACAAGCUCGAUGUAUUAAGCACAUUGAUAUUUACGUCUUUUUGCAAUUAAUCCUCUUCUCACCUAACGGAUCGCGUGACGAUCAAACGCUCUUACGCGUUUGUUGGAUCAAAAUUUUAACGAAGCUUCAAGAUGUACACACGGAGUAGGCAAAAUCAGGGCUACGGCAAUACACGGAAUGCAAACAAUUCCCAAGUUCAAGGGUCCUAUCCAAUGCCAGUACUAGUAGCUAUACAACAAUACCGAGGAGGUGCAUUCGACCAGGGACUAGGUCGUCAGUUACCCACAUAGCAUACCCUACCGUAGGCCGUUUUCUUGGUAGUUCGUGCUGAACUCGUGUCUAAGCAAAUUUUACUAUUGUAGAAAUGCUAUAUCAUUUAUAAUACACAAGGAAGUUACCAAGCAUCGCAAUCUACGUCCAAUCAACAAAGCAAUUACAAACAAGGCAACAUACAAAACUCACAAGGCUUCAAAUCGCAGCCGCAGCAGCAGCAGCAGCAGCAGCAACAACAACAGCCAGCGCAAUUGCCACCAGCUGCAGCAACUCGGCCUUUAUCAACUAUGGCACCUACACAAUUAAAAUCGCAAAUGCAACAAGGACAGCAGCAAAUGUUACAACAGCAGCCACCGCCGCAGCAACAAAUGCAACAACAACCCCAACAGCAGCAGGCACCAAAUCCGCCUCCAUUGCCACAACGAUUGAAGCCAAUCUUAAAACAAAGUACACCAACAUUUGUGCAGCCAGCUACAACUGCUGCGCAAAUUACGCCCGUGACUUCUCAGCCUUGUGUGCCUCCAGUAGUACCUGCUCCGACUCUAUUCUCCGAUUCUACUAAUAACAAUUCUGAUGUUAAUGAUGAUAGUAUAAAGACAGAAGAUGCAGAUAUUGAAAUGCAAGAUGUUCAACCAAGAUGGCGAAGAAAAAUACCUGGAUUUAAGGUAAAUAAAAAAUUGAAACGUCUUCGUAUGAACCAGCGACUAAGAAAAACUUUGCAGCCUAAAAAUGCAAUAAUGGUUUUGAACGAGAUGAAGGCCGGAGUUCAAUUUACAUUCCCUGAAACUCAAGGACCUAUGACAAAUUCUCUUUAUCUCGUUCAUGCUGAGCUUGAUGGUAAAACUUACGUUGGACAAGGAUUAUCUAAACCACUUGCUCGUCAAAACGCAGCCGAGAACGCAUUAAAAGCUUUAUUACUUGAAAAGAUGACAGCAGCAUCUAUGAAAGCACGUAUAGAUGCUGAAUCAGAUGGACAAGCUAAUUCAUCUUCAGAUGGAGUAAAGGAAGACAGCAUGAAUGAGGAUAGCACUCCUAUGGACACUAAUACUGAAGACGAAAUUCCAUGGAGUUCACUGGCCAGUUUUGCGCUUUAUAAACUUUUCCUUGAAUGGCAUAAUCAAGGAACAUCAGUCCCAGUUCCACGACCUGGUUUACCAGCUACAAAAGGAGCCAAAAAAGAUAAUCCUAAUGCACCUAAAACUCCCAUUCAAAAAGAACUUCCACCUAAUCCUGUAAAUAUACAUCCAGUUAUGUUAUUGAAUCAGAUGAAACCUGGACUAACAUAUGUAGAACUCAGCCGUGUUGGUAAUCCACCAAAUACAAUGUUUACUUUGGCUGUUGAAAUUGAUGGAAUUGAAUAUUCAGGGACAGCUAAAAAUAAAAAAGAUGCCAAAAAGGCAUCGGCUAAGGCAGCACUGUUAGCGUUAUACAACUUAACCUAUCCUGAAGAUGCCGCCAAACAGGAAAAUAUGGUAGUUGGUUAAAAUGUAUAAAGUUUUAUUCGUAAUAUAACAUCACAAAUAAAUUUUUUUUUUUCAACAAA